AUGGAAGUCCUUCACUUCCUCCACUGCUCACACACUCCCAGCCGUUACUGGGAUUUCAGCGAUCUACAGGAUUUUCUAUAUGCCUCACCAAACUCCUCUGACCACAGCACUUGCGGAAAAGUUGCAACUGUCAAAACCUCCCCUCAAGAUCCUCCAAUCAAAUCAGACCCUCCAACCAAGCUAGGGUCUCCAACCAACCUGGAUCCUCAAUCCCAAUCCUCUAACCAAACCAAAACCCCAAACCAAUCUAAACCCUUCAACCAAACCAGAUCCUUCAAUUAUCCCCCAACCAGUCCAGAACCUCCAACUAAAACUGGUCCUCCAGCCAAUACAGUUACUCCAACCAAACCUGAUCCUACAAUCCAACCAGGUCCUCCUACCGGUCCAGACCCUCCAAUUGAACCCAAUCCUCACGCCUACCCAGACAAUGCAGACCCUCCAACCAAUCUAGGGUCUCCAACCAACCUUGAUACUCCAAUCAAACCCAAUCCUCUAACCAAACCAAUUCCUCAAACCAAUCUAAGCCCUCCGACCAAACCAGAUCCUUCAACCGCACCUAACACUCAAAUCUGUCCCAAUCCUCCAACCAAUCCAGUUCCUCCAGUUGAACCAGACCCUCCAACCAAUCCUGGUCCUCCAGUUGAACCAGACCUUCCAACCAAUCCAGGGCCCCCAACCAAUCCUGACGCUCCCACCUCUCCAGAUCCCCCAACCAGUCCGGCACCUCCAACUAAAAUUGGGUCUCCAACCAAUCCAAAUCCUUUAAUCCAACCUACUCAAAUCUGUCCCAAUCCUCCAACCAAUCCAGUUCCUCCAGUUGAACCAGACCCUCCAACCAAUCCUGGUCCUCCAGUUGAACCAGACCUUCCCAACUAA